UCCUACCUAGACAUGGCCCGGGAAAGUGCCACACUUUCGGGAGGAGAAACAUCCCGAGUUCAAGUGCAACCUCAGCCGGGUUCCUUAUUCGAGUCGCGCCAAGAUACCAAUUUCGGACACAGGCCUGCUACCUGCCAAAACGACCCAAAGGCGGGCACAGAAGAGAGGGGUAGUGAUAUCAUUGGCAUGGGAUCGCACAUAAUGGCCGACCAUGGGGGAAUGCACCUAUUUAGGAGUGAUCGAGUCGGGUACCCGAGAGCGAAUAAAGGGCCCAGGGCUCGCUUCGGCCGGUCUUCCAGCUCGUACGCCCGCCCUGCCCCGAGACAUCGGACCGACGUUGUCAUCCUUACCAGCUCUCCAGGCCAGCAAAGAAACCCCAAUGAGGCUCAGGUUCACGUUUCUGGCGGCCCUGGCCGUGGCCAGCGCAGGGACAAUCCCGCAGCGCCGCGAUGCCGACCCGGGGGACGACACCUGCCCCAACGAAGGCUUCCCGCCCCCAAUCGCAGCCCACGCCGGCAUCUACACCUCGUGCGCCAAUGCCAACUGGCCACCGCCGGGCCCCGGAAACCCCGUGGGCUCGGUGCUGAAGCCCCAGAUGCCCGACGCCGAGCUGCAGGCCGCGCUGGCCGAGGUCUCGGCCGAGAGCAUCAAGGCCAACAUCGCCAAGCUCGUCAGCUUCGGCACGCGCCACACGCUGUCGGAGCAGAACAGCACGACGCGCGGCGUCGGCGCUGCCCGCGACUGGAUCGCCUCCGAGUUCCGCCGCUUCGCCGAGCAGAGCGGCGGGCGCAUGGAGGUCUCGGUCCCCGGAUACAUCCAGCAGCCGGCGACGCGCGUGCCGGAGCCCGUGCUGAUCAGCAACGUCCAGGCCACGCUCAGGGGAACGUCGGACCCGGCGCGGCACUACGUCACCAUGGGCCACUACGACAGCCGCGUCUCGGACCCGCUCAACUGGCGCGACGACGCGCCCGGGGCCAACGACGACGCUUCCGGCGUGGCCGUGGCGCUGGAGCUGGCGCGCAUCAUGUCGCGGCGCGCGCACCGGGCGACCGUGGUCAUCGCCGCCGUCGCGGGCGAGGAGCAAGGGCUGCUCGGGGCGCAGUUCAUGGCGCGGACGUUCAGGAACGCGAGCGUCAACGUCGAGGGCGUGCUCAACGUCGACCUCGUCGGCAGCUCGACGGGGUCCCGGGGCGAGCGCGAGCCCAACACGGUCCGGCUCUUCUGCCAGGGCCCGCCGCUGACCGAGUCGGCGGCCGAGCGGGCGACGCGGCUGCAGAUCGGGGGCGAGAACGACUCGCCCGCGCGCAGCAUGGGCCGGUUCGUGGCCGAGGUGGCGGCCAACCGCUUCACCGACAUGCGCGUCGCAAUCAUCUACCGGCUCGACCGGUUCCUGCGCGGCGGCGACCAUCGGCCCUUCCUCGAGGCCGGCUACGCCGCGUCGGUGCGCUUCACCGAGCCCAAUGAGAACUACGACCACCAGCACCAGGACGUCAGGGUCGAGAACGGGGUGCAGUACGGCGACCUAGAGCAGUUCCUCGACUACGACUACAUCGCGCGCGUCGCGAGGGUCGACCUCGCCGCCAUGUGGUCCCUCGCCAACGCGCCCGGCACGGUGCGCGACGUCAAAGUUGACGCGUCGGACCUCGGCAACGACACCACCCUGUUUUGGACCGUUUCCGACUCGCCCGACCUGGCCGGCUACGAGAUAGUCUGGAGGCCGACGGACGCUCCGCUGUGGACGCACUCGCUGUUUGUGGGCAAGGUUGGGAGAGCCACGGUUCAGCUGUCCAUCGACAAUGUGAUUUUUGGCGUUCGCUCUGUCGGCACCAAUGGCUACAAGAGCCCGGCCACCAUUCCAUUCCCUGGAUAGACGCCGUCGCCGGACCACCAAGCCGGAUUUAAAUUCAACGCAACAAUGUUUGUCUGUUUCUAUACUGGCAUUAAAUACGUG